AAUCGUUGGUUACGGCGAUCGGUGCCGGUGACAUUCUAACUCGGCAGUUGAAUUUCGAAACUCGACUGUGCUGGAUCGGGACCUCUUGUUCGCUGUUCUACGCGAUCUCAGUCUCUUCGUCGGCGUCUUUUUGCGAAAACCCGUGUCUCUCUUAUUUUCAUUUUCACAUCGUUUGCCUUCACCAUGCAUGUCUCGCUCAUGCAGAAACUUCCAAUGCCGCAGGUAUCGAACUUCUUUUACCCGUUCAACACUAGCCUCGAAGAGGAGAUCAAGAGAUUGUUCGCCAAUUUCACGAUCGAAACUCAGAGCACACCUCCUCCGGAUGUCGAGGACGUAAUGGAGGAAUUCCGUCAUAAUGGGCGUGAUUUUGAAUACUGUCCAGAUCUGGACAAUGAUAUAAUACCAGAAACGACACCACGUCGUAAGAAGAACAAGAAACCCUUGCCCACAGAAUGCGUUUUCUGUAGAAACAAUGGCGAAGAGGAAGCUUAUUACCGGAAACAUUUGCUGAAAGAUGCUGAUGGCCGUGUUUGCUGUCCAGUUUUGAGGGCCUACACGUGUCCAAUUUGCGGCGCAUGCGGAGACGUAGCACACACAGUUAAAUAUUGCCCGAAGAGUCCGAAGAAUCCUGGAACGUUGACGACGGUGAACGCGUUCAAGCUGUUAAGAAACUCGAUGGGCAAACGACGCGUCAAGUAAAACGCACAUGGCGCUCGAACCACGUGUCACCAUCGUAGUGCCAUAAAACAUUACAAGUAUCUGUUGUAUUCUUUGAGAACUUCGAAGUGGUACCUCAAAGUUCAACGAUUCGAGUAUUUCGGUACCAUCUGCUGAUGGGUAAUCUUACCGUCGCCCAAGUAUUGAAAACGAAUGAAGUGCCUUACAAGAAUGUAAGUUCCAACUAUUGGCAACUAUUUGUGCAACAAAAUUGCCAUUACGUUCAGCAGUCGCGUUGGAAGCUUUUGCAAUUUCUUUCACUCGACUAUCUUUGAUUUCCUUUUUCUCACAUCGUAUUUAUUUCUUCUCAUUUCGUGCAAUACGUCCGGAAAGAAAAUCAGAGAAAGUGUGAGAAUCGUUCAACUUGUAACAUGAAUCGAGGAAGAGGCUGAAAUCCAAAGAUCUUAUUGCUGUAGAAAUUACAGGCUCUUAUUGUAGGAAUUAUUUAUAUAUGAAACGUGCCAUAUAUUCUCGCCAAACUUCUUUUUCCUGUAACAAAUUUCUUCCAUGCGAUAUUACGAAGAAAUAUUUAUUCGUAAGUGAAUAUAGUUUUACCGGUUUUCUCGAGCCAGCACUUCAUACGAGAAUUUCUUUUCGUUUUCCUUUUUCUUUCUUUUUAUUCAUAUAAGUUUACACGUAUUGACAAUAACGUCUUAAGAUUAUACUUCAACAAAUUUUUACGCCGAUGUGAAAACGAGUUGAACGUGAUUGGUUGAAAUACUGUGAUAAUGUCAAUAAGGUAAAAUUCUUUAAGAGAUUUUACGCAACAGCCAAUAAGUAUGACAAAAUUGAACUUAUCGUUUAGAAUUGUAGAUCACACAUCGAUCGUCUGUAAAUCGUUUAACAAAACGCAAAUUACGUUUUCCAAUCUUAAAAGUUUUUCGAGCGAGGACUUUUUAUCGAGACACGUUAAUUGACAGAGAGUACUAUAUAUUUAAUUGAGUUGAAAUGAAACGAUGCAAUUCUUACACUAGACAAUAAUUCUGACUUUAAGCGUUUAUGCAGUUUUACUUAUCUAUACCAAAUGUGUAACAUAGAGACUGCGUUUGUACUUUACUAACGUUUAUCCAAAGUCAUAAAAGAAGAGUAUUUUCUUUUUUCUUUUUUAAGGCUAAUUUCUCUUAAAACGAUCGACAAGAGGGACCAAUGAAUGAAAGUCUUUUUAAAGCGCAUACUUGAUCAUUCAAUAGCAAUUAAAUGUAGAAUAUACACGAAAGUUUACAGCUCGUUCAUGAUACUUUUAACUUUAUUAGACAUCGUUUUCGAGCAAUGAUCGAAAUAAUUGAAAUCAAGUAUUGAUCUUUAGGCUUACAUCGGUGAAACUGGCAGACUUGCAAAGUCCUCUCGUUCCUGUGUAUCUAGCCGUGAGUUUCGUUGGAAGUUUCCGAAACAGAGAUCACUCGUAAUGUUUACCUUUUUGUUCGGUACUUCGAUGACUGAUGGCUAGAUUCGUAGCUCUUUCCAGGCAGGCGGCUUUUUUUGUUUGUCGGUUCCACCGAUCUUCCUCGGGACGUGUGUUUCGUUCUAGACACCCAUUGCACGCUCGACGAGCGUGCCAAGUCGAAUCGAAUAAAGCACGUGUCGUUUGUCAUAUUUAAUCACGGAUGAACGAGCGAGUGAACGCAUUGGUUUCUCUGCGGCGAGUUCGCUUUUGAAAUUUCGGAUUGAAUUAGGCGAUAGUAUCGAACAUUUAGUAUAUCCUUUAUACUCCGUUUGGUAGGUCAAUUUCGAGUAAUCGGAAACUUCUUUCGUUUGCGUUGUAUGUAUAUUUUUUCAUAGCUAGUAGUAAUGAGUAGGUUUAACGUUAAUUUUCACAAAGGAGUUUUGAAUGGAAAUUAAUUAGUUAAGCUUAUGGUAUUUAACGAAAAUAUUUAAGGACAGUUGAGAAAAGAGAAAUUGUUUUCCCCAAGAUUUAAACUUUACCGACAGGUUUUACAAUUGGUAAUUAAAUAAUUGCACAAUUGUUUGUAAAAAUAUUCAUCCGCCAUAUUUUGGAUUACACCUGAGGAGAUGUAACCUCUUGGGCGGCCUUUUGGUCUUGAAAUCGUGUUAAUAUUUUUUUCGUGUAAUUUAAUAAUGCUUCCGAGGCGCUUGUUUGCACACGUAACGAGGUAGGAGAGAAAAAACAACUGCUCCUAUGCUCCUUGCAGUGUGAUAUUGUUCAAGUAUUUGCCCUGAGACCAAAUUUCAUAUCGUAACUUCCUAAUUGAAAUCUCGAGAGGAUAACGAGUUCGUAAAAAUGUGUACAUUUAUUAGAUUUGUAUUGCUGAUACUUUUGUAGCUACGUUCCUAUUAUAUAAUAAUUAUAAUAGCACUUACGUGUUAGGAUAUUAUUGCUUAUCGAAUAAGGAUGAUAAUAUUACUCUUGAAGACGUAUUAUGACUGUCGAAUAUAUCGCUCAAAUACUUUUGUACGAUAGAUUAUUAAUUGUAUUCUAGAGUGAAAAGACUUCACAAGUUCUUCCAAGAACAGGAUCAGAACAGGUGGUUCGUACAUUUUACCUUCGUCUUUAGUUUUUUUCUUUUUAGACGGUAAACUAGAGAUUGCAAAUUUAGAGAGCUUGUAUACCGAGUACUUUUCGUUACGUUUGUA